AUGGAUGACUUCGUGUCCACACCGGGCACCUGCAGCGGCUCCGGGCCGGCAGACAAUAUGGUGCCCGGAUCCCCAGAAGCUCCACAACAGAUGGCGCCCAAGAAGACACCCUGGCGCGGAUCCGACAGGAGCCACGAUAUCAGGGCAAAUGCUGAAGAAGACCGGCACCAGCAGCCUCAUACAAGACCUCCGGACAGUAGUCCGUGA